UGUGUUUGUUCUUUCUUUUUUUUCUCUAUUUUGUUUCUGAUUUUUCUUUUAGGUGCGCGCUCUGCUGUUUGCUUGACUUCUGGGUUUCAGCUAUAUAUUUUUCCUUGUUUUUCUGUAGGUAGGAACAACAUUCAAGUUGUUUUUGAAGGUUAUCUGUAUCAAGUCAAUUAUCAGAAGAAUUUGUCCAUAGCUUCUGUUCUCUCAUCAACAUUUCUCUUCUUGCUUUUGAAGUUCGAGAGCUAAGAUUUGGUGCAAAUAAAUUAAGCUAAACAUUAGGUGGUAAAAAGCCUAAUUGGAUACGUGAAGAUGUCUGGAAUCAGCUCUUGGCGAAGUGGAACACCCCUGAGUGGAAAAAGAAAAGUGAACAAGCAAAGUUAAACAGAGCUUCUACUAAGGGUGGAGCAUUGCAUACUGGAGGUUCUAUUAGUUUUGAAGCCCAUCGUUGGAGAAUUGAAAAGGAACGUGGGGGAGAUAUGACUUAUGCUGAGAUCUUUGCAGAGACCCACAAGAAGAAGAAGAAGGAUGGCACAAGAGAAGGAUGGAUCGAACCGCGUGCUUUAGAGACAUUUGACAAGUAUCAUAUUGAUCUUGAUGCAUGGCAACAAACUCAACCUGAAGGAACUCAGCCGACCCUGGAGGAUAUGACUGCAAUUUGGACACAAACGGCUGGUGGCGUGAAUAAAGGUCGAGUCUACGGGAUUAGAGUACAGCCAUCCUCUAGUCGUCCAUCAACAGCAUUAUUCACCGGGGCAUCAGUUUCCCAAGAAUACAUGGAAUCUAUGCGUCAAAAAGUGGAUCAAAUGUCACAAGAACUUCAAGAAACUCAGACUUUGAUCCAAAAAUUGUUAAAAAGAAAAGCAAGAAAAGAGCUGCAAUAGAGUUUGAAUCUGAGUCUGAGGAGGAGAUUGAAUCUGAAUAAGCUAUUUGAAUGUUUAGAGUUGAAG